AUGGCUAAUGAUCACAUCCUCACCCUGUCGUGCCCCGACAAGCCCGGCAUCGUCUAUGCCGUGACGGGCAUCUUUGCCGCCAACAAGCACAACAUCCUCGACCUCCAGCAGUUCUCCGAUCCCGUCUCCGAGCGCUUCUUCAUGCGUGUGCACUUUGGCCCUACCGAGACCGAGUCCACCGAGCACCUCGUCGAGGCCUUUGACAAGCUCGCGGCCGAGUACAACAUGGACUACGAUAUCCGCCCCGUCGCCCGCAAGACCCGUGUUCUCAUCAUGGUCUCCAAGAUCGGCCACUGUCUCAACGAUCUUCUCUUCCGCAUGAAGACCGGCCAGCUGCGCAUGGAAGUCCCCGUCAUCGUGUCGAACCACCCCGACUACGCCGCCCUCGCCGAGAGCUACGGAAUCGAGUUCCACCACCUGCCCGUCACAAAAGACACCAAGGCCCAACAAGAAGGCCAGAUCCUCGAUCUCUGCAAGAAGCACGGCAUCGAGCUCAUUGUCCUCGCCCGCUACAUGCAGGUUCUGUCUCCCACCCUGUGCGAGGCCAUGUCCGGCCGCAUCAUCAACAUCCACCACAGUUUCCUGCCCUCCUUCAAGGGUGCCAAGCCUUACCACCAGGCGUACGAGCGCGGUGUCAAGAUUAUCGGAGCGACUGCUCACUUUGUCACUGCUGAUCUGGACGAGGGUCCUAUCAUCGAGCAGCGGGUUGCUCGUGUUGAUCACAGCAUGAAUCCUAAGGAGUUGUCUGAGGAGGGAUCUAAUGUCGAGAGCCAAGUUCUUGCUGCUGCUGUGCGGUGUGUCGCCGAUCACAACACACUCAACUACCACGAGAUCCCUCCGGGGGCUCCUAGCGGAGGGCUCUUCCUCGCUGCGCUCGUACUCAUGAAUUAA